AUGAGAGUUCUUUGGGUUGUGUUGCUCAUUGCUGUGAUUUGGAGCCACGAGUGGAAGUGUGCGCUAUCGGACUCCAUCAUCCACAUUGGCGCCAUCUUUGAUGAGUCGGCACGAAAGGAUGACGAGGUGUUUCGCCUUGCUGUGGCUGAUCUCAAUCUGAACAAUGAAAUCUUGGAGACAGAGAAGAUCACCAUCUCUGUGGAAUUCGUGGAUGGGAACAACCCUUUCCAGGCUGUACAAGAAGCGUGCGAGCUGAUGAACCGCGGCAUCCUGGCCCUUGUCAGCUCCAUCGGUUGCAUGUCGGCAGGCAGCCUGCAGACAUUGGCCGAUGCCAUGCACAUCCCGCAUCUCUUCAUUCAGCGCUCCACAGCUGGCACGCCCCGCGCUGCCUGUCCGCCCACCAGCCGCAGCCCCGGAGCCGACGACUACACCCUGAUGGUGCGCCCGCCCGUCUAUCUCAACGAAGUCAUCAUGCAAGUGGUGUCAGAAUACAGCUGGCAAAAGUUUGUCCUCUUCUAUGACUCUGACUUUGAUAUCCGCGGUAUUGAGGAAUUCCUGGACCACGCCUCCCACCAGGGAAUGGACGUGUCCCUCCAAAAGGUGGAGUCCAAUGUGAACAUGAUGAUCACCAGUCUGUUCAGAACCAUGCGAGUGGAAGAGCUGCACCGCUACAGGGACACACUACGCAGAGCUGUACUCUUCAUGAGUCCGGCCACUGCCAAGGCAUUUAUCUCUGAGGUGGUAGAGACCAACUUGGUGGCCUUUGAUUGUCACUGGAUACUCAUCAAUGAGGAGAUCUCUGAUUACGACCUGCAAGAGUUGGUUAUGAAGUCGGUCGGUAGGCUGACAUUGGUACGCCAGACCUUCCCCAUGCCGCAGAACACAACUCAGCGUUGUGUCAAGCACAACCACCGGAUCAACACGUCCCUCUGUGACCCUAAGAACGCCAAGGCUCAGCAGCUGGAGAUUACCAACCGCUACAUCUAUGACACGGUGCUGUUGCUGGCCAACACCUUUCACAGAAAGCUGGAGGACAGAAAGUGGCACAGUAUGGCCAGUCUCAGCUGCAUCCGGAAGAACUCCAAACCCUGGCAAGGAGGGAAAAGUAUGCUGGACACUGUCAAAAAGUUCGGUGUGAGUGGCCUUACCAGCUUCCUGGAGUUCACUGACAAUGGCACCAACCCCAACAUCUUUUUUGAAAUUUUGGGCACAAACUACGGAGAAGACCGCGGACGAGGAGUCAGUAGGCUGGCCACGUGGGAUCCAGUUCAUGGACUGAAUGGCACUCUGACAGACAGGAAAUUGGAGAACAACAUGCGAGGAGUGGUACUCAGAGUCGUCACUGUCUUGGAGGAGCCGUUCGUGAUGGUGUCUGAGAAUGUUCUCGGCAAACCCAAGAAAUACCAGGGCUUUUCCAUCGAUGUCUUGGAUGCUCUCUCCAACUACUUGGGCUUCAAGUACGAGAUCUACAUUGCACCAGACCACAAGUAUGGUAGUUUGCAGCCCGAUGGUCAGUGGAAUGGACUAAUGGGGGAACUUGUUUUCAAGCGAGCCGACGUCGGGCUCGCCGCCCUGACCAUCACACCCGAGCGCGAGAGCGUAGUGGAUUUCACCUCACGCUACAUGGACUACUCUGUGGGCGUGCUGCUGCGCAAGGCCGAGCGCACAGUGGACAUGUUUGCUUGCCUGGCACCCUUCGACCUGUCGCUGUGGGCAUGCAUCGCAGGUACCGUGCUGCUGGUUGGCAUCCUGGUGUACUUGCUCAACUGGCUAAAUCCGCCUCGACUGCCCAUGGGCUCCGUGUCCUCCACAACGCUCUACAAUUCCAUGUGGUUCGUGUACGGCUCCUUUGUACAGCAAGGUGGAGAGGUUCCCUACACCACCUUGGCUACAAGGAUGAUGAUGGGCGUUUGGUGGAUGUUUGCUCUCAUCGUCAUCUCCUCGUACACGGCCAAUUUAGCGGUGUUCCUCACCAUUACACGCAUCGAAAACUCUAUCCAGUCCCUCCAGGACUUGUCCAAGCAGACAGAGCUGCCCUACGGCACAGUGCUGGACUCCGCUGUGUAUGACCAAGUGCGUUCCAAGGCCUUGAACCCCUUUGAGAGAGACCCCAUGUACUCACAGAUGUGGCGGAUGAUCAACCGCACGGGAGGAGCCGACAACAACGUUGAGGAAUCCAAAGAGGGCAUCCGAAAGGUGAAGUACGGCCGCUUUGGCUUUGUGUGGGAUGCGGCGGUGCUGGAGUACGUCGCUAAUAAUGACGAGGAUUGUUCCUUCUACACGGUGGGCAGCAAUGCACCAGACCGAGGCUACGGCAUCGCGAUGCAGCACGGCAGUCCCUACAGAGACAUUUUCUCCCAGAGAAUCUUGGAGCUGCAGCAGAAUGGCGACAUGGAUAUACUAAAACUCAAGUGGUGGCCAAAGGACAGCCCCUGUGAACUCUACAGCUCAAUGCAAUCCCGUCACAGUAAUGCCCUGGACAUCCAUAGCUUCGCUGGCGUCUUCUGCGUCCUGGCAGCCGGUGUGGUGCUCUCCUGUCUCAUAGCCAUGGUGGAAAGCUGGUGGUCACGGAGGAAGGGAUCCAGGGUCCCCUCCAAGGAGGACGAUAAGGAGAUCGACCUGGAGCACCUACACCGCCGGGUUAACAGCCUGUGCACAGAGGACGAAAGCCCCCACAAGCAAUUCUCCACCUCUUCCGUCGAUCUGACGCCCCUUGACAUGGACGCGCUGCCCGCUGCCCGCCAAGCCCUCGAGCAGAUAAGCGACUUCCGCAACACGCACAUCACCACCACCACCUUCAUCCCCGAGCAGAUUCAGACCCUCAGCCGCAGCCUGUCUGCAAAAGCCGCCGCCGGGUUCUCCGCCGGCUUCGGCGGCAGCGGUGCAGGAGGCGUCCUCCAGGACCACCGAACUGGUGGGGUCGGCCCUUUUAGGCAGAGGGCCCCCAACGGUGGUUUCUUCCGCAGCCCCAUUAAGACAAUGUCCUCCAUACCAUACCAGCCCACAGGUCCGGGACCUAACUUCGGAUAUGGCAACGACCCAGACAGAGGCACAUCCAUCUAA